AUGCCGAUACUAUCAAAACGAACCCGUCUUUUCGAGCUGAAUUUGCCCGUGGCAGUCCGGGUAGUAGAGGUCUGCCGUUCUAGCAGAGGCGAAAACGGAGGCCUUAUAUCCGUGGAAGAGUGUACAGGAAGGGUCGGUAGAGGCAAAGGCCUAGGUGGAGAGCUGGAAGUCAGCGAUGAUGACAUCCUACGAGCAGUCAAAUCACUUGCUCCAUUGGGAUCGGGUUUCUCGAUCGUGACCGUCGGCAGCAAGCGGAUGAUUCGCAGCAUUCCCAAGGAGUUGAAUUCUGACCAAUCUACGGUCCUGGAAGUCAUGCAGAUCUUAGGCUACGUAACUUGUUCUAUGCUGGAAGACAAUCUAAGAUGGGAUCGCGCAAGGGCUGAAACUGUGAUAGAGGAUUUGUUAGGCGACUCAUUGGUGUGGGUGGACGAGCAAGCUCCGGAGAAAGAAUACUGGUCACCAGCAUUCAUGAAUGACCUUGACGACUGA